AUGGCGCUCGCGCAGCUGUCGGCUGUUCCCGUUCUAGUUCGUCUCCAAGACGGGAACAAGGUGGAAGUCAUGGCGGACUCGUGGACUUCCGUAACAGACCUGGAGAAACAGAUCGCAUCCAAGAUCGGUCUAAAAUGCUGUACUGCUUUCACGGUGUUUGAGGCCACCAACACGGACGGGCAGAGAGCCCUACGAGCUAAGGAGCGGAUAUUGGAUACGGUUGCUCAGUGGAGAACCCAGGCCGCCGCGACCUCGGGGGUGAAAAAAUUCCAACUUUUGUUCAAGGUGCGGCUACACUUGCGUCCCGACGACGAUGACUUGGCGGGUAUCAAGCUCACUUAUCUGCAGGCUGUUCAGGACUUGUGCGACGGUGUCUACAUGGUGAGUACGGAGGACAGCGUGCAGCUGGCGGCAUUUCAGUUACAAGCGAGCAGAGGCGACUACGACAAGAAAAACUGCACAGCUGGCUCUCUCGAGAAAGAGCUUACAACUCUCGUCCCGCCGCAGAUUCUAGCCCAGCCCGAAGGGGAUGAGUUCAGGGGGAGGAAGGACCUUGCCAACAAGAUCCUGGCGUACUACAUGAUGAGCCUGAAGGGUAUCAGCAAGAAGGAAGCAAGAGCCCUGUUCAUGGGCCUCAUGCGCGAGAAUCCCAGCUUCGGCCGGGCGUACUUCGACGGGCUUUCACAGGAAAAACCCGUAGUAGUCGGGAUCGGCGCAGACGGAGUGCAGUUCCUCGACGCGACCGACGGAGAUCGCCCCGUCCUGGCGGAGUACGGGUUUGACAGCAUCGGGUCCUUCGUUUGCUCGGACGAGGAGACGGCGGUGAUGACGCUGGCGGCACGGGAAGGAGAACAGACGAGCUUCGUGAAACCGACAGCCAUCCUUAUCCAGUCCGCACAGGCGUCCCAGAUGAAGAGCCUCGUGCACGCUUACAUGGUCCGUUACAUCCUUCCGAGGAGAAAGAAGAAGGAGGAAGGAGAGAAAGCCAAAACUGUCAAUAAGGAGACAGACGUCGUCCCGUUUGCGACUGAUGGAGCAUAG